CGCCAAGAACAAAAGUUUGACAAUAAAUAGUAUGCAUGCGUGUGUGCAUCAAAUACAUGACACCGUUCGCGAAUUUCAAGAUACAUGGGCCGAUGUUCAGAGACCUUUAGAGAACGCAAUAGUUUCUGCCCUGAAAGAAAGCUACGGAUACCGGGGCAUGAACGUUUUCGUUCGCAAGACCAGGGAUCUUCAUUCGAUCGCCACUGGCUACUACCACAAUGAUAUUCAGGUUCGGUUAUUGCUCUCCAACUUAGAUUUGGAAAACCUUCCGUACCUAUGGAUGCCCCAAGUGACCUUUCUUCUGCCGGACAACGUUCUCAAAAUAAACGCAUCGCUAAGCAAAAUGAUCGUGCGCUGUAAAUAUACGGUGUUUAGGAAUACAACAGAUAUGAUUUACGACGCGAACGAGCAAGACUCUAAUCUGAACUCCCCGUUUAGAUUCCAGCAGGUACAGAACACGGGGGAUCUGGCAAUAUCAAUAGAAGCGUGUGUGCUAUCCGGUUUCGUUAUGACAAUGUUGGAUGGUCCAUCCGUGAACCUCGGGUUAUCUUCUCUAGAAUUAUCGAAAUGCCGUUUUUCUUUUGAGAUUUAUAAACAAGGCUUAGGAACACCUCCGGUCCUCGCUAAUUAUGACCUAACAAACAAUGGCUUAAACAUUCUAAAUUUGCUGACGAUUCCACUACGAGAAGAAUUGAUGCCAAAGCUACAGGCCGCCAUGUUCAGUUAUGUUAAUACUACAGCGAUAUUCGGCGAUAAUUUAGCGAAUAUUCGUCGUAAGCAAGAGGGUUUGUUACGCACAAGCUGGUUAUACAUGGCUGAUGUCGUCAGAAACCUUAAUAAGGUCACGCUUCAAGAGAACCUUGGUAAUAUCGAGAUGACCGAUUUUGACAUAACAUGGAAGGAAACUUCUUCAAACUCGCAACAAAAUCGGACAUUCAAUCAAAUCCGUUUGUCGAAAAUGGUUUUAAGCGGACUCGAAACGGCAUACUUAUCGCAGACAGGAGGACCGUACAGAUUUCCGAAUUUCGAAUUACGAGAACAAAUCAGAUUAAGCAGUUUACUAGUAAAUGGCCAUAUCAGAUAUACCGGAAGCGACGAAGCUGAUUACGAUUUUUCCGUCGAGAUAACAGAUCUAUGUGUAGACGUAACUAUAGACGUGUCACACACGAAAAAACGAAAGUCUUCGACCAAAGGUGUUCAAAACGUGGUCGUAACAGGAUGGAGGUCGGCCGUUUUUUCCAUUCCCACUAUUGUACCUUUCCCUCACACCGAGGCUCUUGUAAUUGGAUAUAUGUACAAUACGGUACCGAAGUAUGUGGUCAAUGUUUUGGUCAAUGGAUUAGACAGAGCUUUAUAUUAUACGGAAACAAAUCAAGUCCUCAAUUUUAGUUUAUAUGAAAACAAUGAAAACAGCGAACACGAUAAUGAUAUGGAAUUCAAGUUCGAUGAGAUAUAUAACACUAAUUCAAGUUAUAUGGCCGAUGUAAAAAAACCACACCGAAAACAAAGGCAAGGAAAAAUUAAUGCUUAAUAAUUCACUAAGUGGACUCUUCGCAAAUAUUAAUUUUGAUAAUAAAGGUGGCUCUAUCAUAUACCAAGGCCCAAUCAUGGGUCAAAGUUCUCCUCCAAGCUCUCCUCCAAAUCGCGCUCUAAGUUAUCCUCCGAAUCUCACUCAAAGAUUACCUCCACUUGUAGUUCCAAGUCUUCAAACCUUCGUCCAAAAGGCUGUCCAACCUUAGGUCCAUGUUUAUGUACGGAAAAUACUAAUAAGAAAACUAAAAAGGAACCACACUAGUAGACAUUUUAGAGGCAAACAAUGAAUUUUAAAGACCAUGAAAUGAAAUGAGUAGGCGAAAAAACAAUCAUUAGUUAACAUUUUGUUUUAUUUAUAAAAUAAAUCGCUAAUUGUACAAUAAAUAAUAAAAGCACCUUUCAUUUUGGA